AUGAGAGCUCCCCUUAGAGCAGUGGGCCAUCACCAGCCACAUCAUCCAGCUAUUAUGGAGUUCUCGGAGUUUGAUGAGGAGGUUAACUAUCAACCACAGGGAAACUUCACUGAUUCAGAAGAUGAAGGCCAUAUCCAACAUUACAAUCGCCCCAGGUUUUGCGGACCAAGGCACGGCGGACAAGUCGAAUUCUGGGUCAAAUUGGAUUUUCCAUUUUUUGAAGGGCAACUACAUAUCGUAGAUUACCUCGACUGGGAGCGAGAAAUUGAAGAGGUAUUCAAGUCCAUGGAGAUUAGCCCAAAAAAAAUUAUCGGGUUACAAGAGAUGAAAGGUUUCUAUGCCACAGAUGUAGAUUUUGCCCCAUUUUGGGAACGGUGCGUGAAUGGUCAACCAAGUGGCGUCUACAACAUACAACAUGGGUUCUUAUUCAAAGCCAAUUGUUUGUGUAUACGAAAUUCAUCGUGGCACAAGAAUCUUAUAAAAGAGACACAUUUUGGUAGCCUUGUUGCUCAUUUAGUCCUUGAGAAGACUCUUGCUCAACUCCAGGUUCAUUUCUUUUGGCCUCGGUAUGCUCAUGAUUUAUCCAGGUUCAUAGAGAAAUGCUCGGUAUGCCAAACUUAUAAGGGGACGGCUCAUAACACCGGCCUAUACUUUCCACUUCCCACGCUGGAUUCCAUUUGGGAGGACUUUAGUAUCAACUUUGUUCUCGGUCUCCUUCGAACCAAAAAUGGAGUCGAUUCCAUCAUGGUGGUCGUCGACAGAUUCUCCAAGAUGUCUCCGCCCACCUUCAACGGGAGUGAUAUCCAUCAGUAUCAUCCCCCCGACGAUGCAAACACUCAAUUAUCCUCACCAGAGACCAACUCUUCUAAUGAAAGGGCAACAUUAUGGGACUAUCCUAAGCCGCGUGAACAGCAGACCGUUGCUACUCCACUACUUUAG